AUGGCUGUUCUGUUUCCUGAUCUGACCCAGGAACGCUGCUUAUUGCCUUUCACGACCCGCUGGCUAAGAGCAGUGGCACCCGCCAUCUGGCACCUCAGCCGCCCGAGCUUUCGUGAUAGAUUUCGCUUCUCCCCAGCCGUCCAACUUGUCCAGAGGAACUUCUCUUCCUCCUCUUCAACAGUGCCACCAAGUAAAGAAACCGAAAAUCAAAAUGCGUUUGACUAUGAAUACGACUGGAUUGACGGUGCUGAGUCCCUUGAAAGAUACCGGCCUGGAGGCUAUCACCCAAUUGUGAUUGACGAUGUGCUACAUGACCGCUACCAGGUCGUCGACAAGCUGGGCUUUGGAGGCUACUCGACCACCUGGCUGGCAUGGGAUCUUCGGCUCCAAAAGUACGCUGCGGUCAAGGUUAGAAGUGCAGGCUCUCCCUCGAAUGAAGCCAGAGUCCUCCGUGUCCUCUCUUCUUCCCUGGGGUCAACUUCGCCCUCUUCAUCCAUCCAUUCAUCUUCUGAGAUAAGAGGGCUCGAUUCGGUUCCUACUCCCUUGGAUAAAUUCAAGCUGCAAGGCCCCAAUGGGUCACACCCAUGUUAUACCAUGGUUCUUGCACAGUGCAAUCUCAAGGAUGCAUCCUACAGUCGCCUAUUCCCUCUUGAUGUUGCAAGGGCCCUAUCAGCCGGUCUCACGCUGGCGGUUGCAUACGUGCAUUCACAAGGCUAUAUUCAUGGUGAUAUCCAUCUUCGCAAUGUCCUAGCCAAAGCAGCCCCGAAUAUCAAUGAGCUUUCGAUCAAGCAGUUCUACCAGAAAUACGGAGAACCUGAGACAGUACCGAUCACCGAACGUCACGGCAAACCCCUUCCUCCCAACGCCCCUAAACAGGCGGUUAUACCUCUCUAUCUUGGCAAAUACGCUGAAGACUUCUCCGUCGCUGACACCCAUGUGCUGCUUAGUGACUUUGGGGCGGCCACUCCAGCAUCAAAUCCCAAACCCGGGAAAGACUGCCACAGUCCCCUCCCCACAAGGCCACCGGAAGCCAGAUUUGAACCCCAAAAGCCACUGUCGCCUGCAGCAGAUAUCUAG